AUGUGCAAAUCGGUAAGCACAGCCUUGUCGGCUUUGAGCAGCUCUUCAGUUUGGGUGAACAACGAGGAGUGCUUGGUGAAUGGUGUGCUCACCAUGAUCUCACAAGAGGCAACACAAGGCACGGUGGAGGUGCACUUAUCUGCAGUGCUGAUCUUCUGCUCUACUACAAAAAAUGGAGACAUGGCCGUCACACGAGGUCAACUGAAGAAUGGAGGCCUGGGUGUAGUGUCGGACGCCAUUUUUGACCUUGGUGUCUCACUCUCCUCCUUUAACUUGGACGACUCUGAGGUGGCUCUUUUACAAGCAGUUAUUCUGCUUUCAGCGGAUCGCCCAGGCCUGAGUUGCGUGGAGCGGAUCGAACGCUGCCAAGAGGAGUUUCUGCUGGCUUUUGAACAUUACAUCAACUACCGCAAACAUAAAGUACCUCAUUUCUGGCCGAAGCUGCUCAUGAAGGUGACAGACCUGCGAAUGAUCGGGGCCUGCCAUGCAAGCCGGUUCCUUCACAUGAAAGUGGAGUGUCCGACUGAGUUAUUCCCUCCUCUGUUCCUGGAGGUAUUUGAGGACUGAGUAGAGGAUUUUGAUAAAAGAAAAAAAUGUUUGUGUGUGAGCACUUGAAUGCCCCAUAAUAGGUGGAACUAGUGUCAUUUUAUUUGGUAGUUUAUGAGUAGUUCUGUGAUCAAUUAUUUUGACUGGAUGCACUCCUUUCUGGGUGGGGAUGUGUGAAUAGCAUUCUUGUUUGUUGCUUUGUUUCUUUCUCUAAAAUGUGGAAUAAAGACCCAAGACC